GAUGGCUGCAGACGCUCGCUCUUUAGUCCAAUGUUGGAGUGAAUUUGAUCUACCACGCUUACAGAAGGAACUGGACGUGACGGCCACCCAACUGGUGGACCGACAGGACGCGAGCGAUGCAGCCAGGUCCCGACUGGUUCAACUCUGCCGGGACUUCAAGAAGGGAGCCCCCCAAGACGUCCGAACUCGAGUGUCGCCGCUGCUGAGGCACUUCCAGGCCGAGGUGGACCGCCUGGGCAAGCGGAGUCUCGCCGCCGAAGCCGCCUUCCUGGCCCUCUACAAGAGGCUGCUCCGCGUUCAUGCAUCAGGCGAGUGUACCACCGCCUGCCACGCGGGCGUCUAG